GGGAGAGCGGCAGACGCCACUUCCGGGGGCGUGGCGUGAGCUGGGCGCCCGCCCUGCCGCCGGCAGCCUGCCAGGCGGUCCCUUCCGCGUCCCUCUAUCCAUCCAUCCGUCAGUCCAUCGGCCGCACCAGAUUCGGGGCGGAGCAGGGCGCGUGGUUCCCGGAGGGGCCUCCAGCGUCCAGUGUGCGUUCGCGACCCCGCCCAGCAGGCGAGCCCGGCAGGCCAGAUCGGAGCGCCCCCAUCAUGGGUUGGGGAGCCGGCGGGAGCUGCACUCCGCGCCCACCCAUCCGCCAGCAGCUGGCGUCUGAGGCGCGCGUGGUCACUGUGGUCUUCCUCGGCCUCCUGCUAGACCUGCUGGCCUUCACUCUGCUGCUUCCCCUGCUGCCUGGCCUGCUGGAGAGCCAUGGCCGAGCCCGCGACCCACUCUAUGGCUCGUGGCAGCGAGGGGUGGACUGGUUUGCUGCAGCCAUCGGGAUGCCAGAGGAGAAGAGGUACAACAGUGUCCUGUUUGGAGGUCUGAUUGGCUCGGUCUUCUCCGUCUUGCAGUUCCUCACAGCACCGCUCACGGGAGCCAUCUCAGACUGCCUGGGAAGGCGCCCAAUGAUGCUGCUGUCCCUGGCAGGUCUGGCCGCCUCGUACGCUGUGUGGGCUGCCUCGGAGAGCUUCGCGGCCUUCCUGGCAUCCAGAGUGAUCGGUGGCAUCAGCAAGGGGAAUGUCAGCCUCUCCACAGCCAUCGUCGCCGACCUGGGCUCACCUCCGGCCCGCAGCCGAGGCAUGGCAGUCAUCGGGGUGGCCUUCUCGCUGGGCUUCACGCUGGGUCCCAUGCUGGGCGCGUCCCUGCCUAUGGAGACGGCGCCCUGGCUGGCCCUGCUCUUCGCAGUCUCUGACCUGCUGUUCCUCUUCUGCUUCCUGCCAGAGACGCUGCCCCCGGAGAAGCGGGCGCCCUCCAUCAGCCUGGGGUUCCGAGCUGCUGCCGACCUGCUCAGCCCCCUGGCCCUGCUCCGCUUCUCAGCAGUGGCCCGGGGCCAGGACCCACCCUCUGGAGAAAGGCUCGGCCACCUACGCCGCCUCGGCCUGGUCUACUUCCUCUACCUCUUCCUGUUCUCGGGCCUGGAGUACACACUGAGCUUCCUUGCGCACCAGCGCUUUCAGUUCAGCAGCCUGCAGCAGGGAAAGAUGUUUUUCUUCAUCGGCCUCACCAUGGCCACCAUCCAGGGCGCCUACGCCCGGCGGAUCAGCCCUGGCCGGGAAAUUGCAGCUGUGAAACGGGCCAUCCUGUUGCUGGUUCCCGCCUUCCUCCUCAUCGGCUGGGGACACACGCUGCCCGUGCUGGGCCUGGGGCUGCUGCUCUACUCCUUCGCUGCUGCUGUCGUGGUGCCCUGCCUGUCUUCCGUGGUCGCCGGCUAUGGUUCACCUGGGCAAAAGGGCACAGUCAUGGGCACGCUUCGGAGUCUGGGUGCCCUGGCCAGAGCGGUGGGGCCCAUGGUGGCCGCCUCAGGUGAGGGCGAUUGGACAGCACUUGGGGCACACUGUGCACCCUUGGUGGCCAGGCCCCAGGGGGGCUGCUGGCUCCUGGUGCAGGCCUCCGGCAGCGGCCUGCGUCUGCUCCUGCCUGUUCGGUUCCGGGCACUUCACCCCACAGCUCAGCCCUCCCAUCCUAGCGCUGCUAGGUAGGGGGUGGGGGUGGGGGUCCAGGUCACUGCUCAGGCUGUCUCUCCCCAGGGUACUGGCUGGCGGGGGCCUCGGCCUGCUUCACCGUGUGCUCAGGACUCUUCCUGCUCCCCUUCCUCCUCCUGCGGAAUCUGAGACCUCCAGCACAGACACACAAGGCCGAGUAGCUGAGCCAGCCCAGCCUCAGGCUGGGGGAGCUGAGGCAGAAAAGUGGGAGGCUCGGGCCAGGACCACUCCCCACUGCUGGCCUGACCCUUCCCUUGCCCCUGGAGCCCAAGCCAGGGAUGUCCAGGGGGCCUGACACUCCUCUCCCCACUCCCUGGUGACAGGGACCUGGGCAGCCCUGCCUGCUGCACGCAGAGUGGGGCCAGGGACUCCAAAACCUUCCGGGUUUUUGAUUUGCUGGUUUUCCACCCAGCAACACAGGGUGUCCGUCUGGCAUCUGAAUGACAAAAUAAAGCAGCUAUUUUAUACCAAG